CUCAAAGAAAAAACCGAACUUGCUGUCUUGUAUCUUAAGAGGCCGUAGAAGUUAGUAUCUUUUGUGUUGAUAAGCUGAAUACUUUUGAGUCAUAUAUCUAUAUAUUAAUGCCUGUUUGGAGCAGCAUUGUGAGGAUGCUAUAGUGUUUAGCCUGCAGUUGAACUCGGAUAGCUUCAGACAUCUCAAAGAAUUUUCGACUUAUGGCAUUGGCUUUGUCUCAGAAUGGGUAUCAAUGAGUUUAGCUCCUUUGGUCGCAGAGGAAGCGGCUUUCAGGAGCACAACGGUGAAUCGCCGCCUUUUCCAUGGAUCCCAGCUCUAUGGGUUCUGAUGAUUGAGAGUUGCAGGCGUUUCGUACAAAGCAUGCAGGCAAAAGCUUUUUCAGGUUCUUUGACUGCCGGUGGUAAUCAGGCUAAAGUGCUUUGCAGGACUUGUUUUUGGAUUUGCCCGCUAUCAAGAAAGUUUCUUGAAAUUAUGUAUCCAGUUGUGCCGAGGUUAAGUUGCGCGAGAGGUACUGUGUUAGAGCCAGUAAGUUUGGAUGCUGGGCAUGCUAUUUCUCUGGAUUUGGAAACUGCCGCCCUUAAGAUGUCAGCAGAUUUGAACAGAACUGAGAUUCCUUCAUCUGUAAGCAGCAAGGCUCUGUUAUACGAGAGCUUAAAACCAAGCAUCUGGUGGGUUUCAUAUGCUUUCGCAAAUCUAAUGAGUCCACCCUCUACUCAUUCUCCUUUUCAAGCAUUCUUGGUUAAGAGCUCCAACCUGGAAGGUUUCACUCUGACUGAAGAUGAGGCUGAAUCCGUGGAGUCUGUGGUUAUGCUUCUUCAGAAGGAUGAUUUCAAGGAUCUGAAAACGCUGGGCAAGAUGGAAACUAUCAUACAAUUACUGCAGACCAUUCCGAACCAAGAGCAUUGCAGCAGCAAGUGGUGCAAUAGGAGAGUAGCAAUACAAUGUGUAGAUUUCUCUAAGCAGACUAUCAUUAGGGAUGUGUGGCGUUUAUUGGAUAGUAUUGCUGUGUCUUUGGCUUCUCAACAAAAGAAGUCAUCAGUAUCUUUAAAGGAAGUUUCUCCUAGUUUGUCUUGGUUAUCAUCCUGUAACAUUCCAAUGCCUGGUCUGGCGAUUGAAGCAUCAAGAUAUGGAAUUUUAAGCGUUCACAACAAAGUUCCUGAGAUAGUACUACUAUCUUGGCUAACCCAGACAAUGGAAGCCGCAUUAUGGUUGACAGGGAAUUUCCAUGAUGUUGCUGCCAUUGUUAGCUCGAGUUUGUUUUCAUCAAGAGUGAAAGAAAUCCGUAUUAGGUUGCAGGAACAUCAUGAUCUCUUACUGGCUAUGUUACCAGCUGUUGUUUUUGUUGCUGAAGUUCGACUGAGUGUAGUUCCGGAGGCAACACAAGCACAUCGCAACAGUAGUUACACAGAAGUUUCCUUUCUAGAGUUAGCAACCUCAGUAAAAGCCUCUCCUCUACUCGGACGGCACUUGCUUUGCAAAGAACAUUACUUCUGAUCUACCAGACAAUAAGCCAGCUAUACAAGUCUUGGAGUUGGCUGCGCAUACACUGUCUACGGAUAUCAUGUCCUUUGCCAAAACACUGGCGGCAAACGUUUUGCAGAAGAUGUAAAAAAGGUGGAUGGAGAGUAUGCAGAGCUGGCUGUCUCAAAUGGAACGAGGCUUGAAUCAAAGACCAAGGGUGGUUUGAUGAAUUUUAUGCAGUCUCCAGGACUUGUAGAAAGCACCAAUGCUGGGUUUUUCCUGAUAGAUACGAGGCAACCAAAGGAGUGAAUGUCCUGGACUCUAGAAAGGAAACAUGGAAGGAAUACACAUGGAUGAAUUCACUCUAUGAUCAAAUGUAUAUUAUAGAUU